GUCACACACGCGCAGUGACGUCACUUCCUGCAGCUGCUGCGCGAGAACGACGUGUCCGCGUUCAGCCCGUGGGAGAAGGAGCUGCACAAGAUCGUGUUCGACGGCCGCUACCUGCUGCUCGAGUCCAAGGAGCGCCGCCAGGUGUUCAACAAAUACGUGCGCGACCGUGCCGAGGAGGAGCGCAAGGAGAAGCGGAACAAGCUGCUGCUGAAGAAGCAAGCGUUCAAACAGCUCAUGGAGGAGGCCAAGUUGCACGCUAAAUCGUCAUUCACGGAGUUCUCGACGAAGUACUGCCGCGACGAACGGUUCCGCGGUAUAGAGAAGCCGCGCGAGCGCGAGGCGUGCUUCAACGAGCACGUGGCCGAGCUGCGGCGUAGGGACAAGGAGGAGAAGGAGAGACGACGGGAGACGGCGAAAACCGACUUCAUACAACUGCUCAAAGACAAGAACGUGGACCGUCACUCAAGAUGGAUAGAAGUCAAAAAGAAGAUUGACCUGGACGUGAGGUAUAAAGCGGUUGAGGGUAGCACGCUGAGGGAGGACUACUUCAGGGAGUACUGCAAGAUGGUCAAGGAGGAGAGGAAGAAGGAUAAGGAGAAGGAGAAAGAGAAGGAGAAGGACAAGGAUGGGAAGGAGAAGGAUCGCGAACGCAGCAGCAGGAAAGACAAAAAGGAGAAGGACAGGGACAAGGAUAAGGAAAAGGAGAAGGAGAAAGAGAAAGAUAAAGACAAGGAGAAGGAGCCAAAGAAAGAUAAGAAGAAAGAUAAGAGCGAGCAGGAGGAGCAACCAAAGACGGAGGGCGAGCCGGGCGAGGAGGAGCCGGCGAAGGAAGACGACGAGGAGAAGGAGAGAGAGAAGGAGAGGGAGCUGCGCGCGCAGGCGUCAAUCAAGGAGAGAGAGAAGCAGGUGCAGAAGGCGCUCGCCACCAGCCUGCGGGACCGCGACAAGGAGAGGGAGUUCCACAAGCGGGACGAGGCGAUGCAGCACUUCAACGCCCUACAAGCGGACCUCGUCAGGAAUCCGGACCUGACGUGGCGCGAGGCGAAGAAGCAACUGAAGAAGGACCACAGAUACAGUCUAGCUGACGACCUCAGCAAGGAGGAUAAGGAGCGUUUGUUCAACCAGCACAUCAGCGCGCUAUCGCACAAGCGGCGCGACAAGCUGCGCGCGCUGCUCGACGAGCUCGGCACCGCGUGCACCGCGCACUGGCGCGACGUGCGCAAGCAGCUCGCGCAGCACGCGGCCGCGCCCGCCUACCGGAGCGCGCAGCAGAUGGAGCGCGAGUUCCGCGACUACCAGCGCGACAAGGCGUUGGCCGCGAAGGGCGCGCUGCGCCAGCUGCUGCUCGAGACGCGCUCGGUGACGCACCGCACGCUGGCCGCAGUGAGGGACUCGCCCGCCGCGCUCACCGCCGUGCACGACGCGCUCAGGGGGGACGCCAGAUACACAGCGCUAGAGCACGUACCUGAAGAGAGGGAGCAAAUAAUUAUGUCAUAUCUCGAAGAAUUGGACAAGAAGGGCCCCCCACCACCCCCCACAGCCACAGAGCCCUCGAGACGGGCUAAACCUUGACAUGUCGCCAUUUGACGGAGAUGUCGUGGAGAGAAAUUUGCUGUGAAUAGAUGUCGCUAGUGAUAAUUUUAUUAAAUAAAUGACGUGAAUUUA